AGAGGAUGCUGGACACACACGUGGGUUAUUCGCUGUAUACGGGCUCAUCCUUUCCGAAAGGAUGACCACGGACAGUUUUGACUCUCUAGAGGGCUCGCAAACGACUGUUUCAGAAAUGCUGUGCUCUAACGUCUCCACGACAGCGCGCGAAGACUGUGUCACCAAGAAUUCCAGUAACAGAUCAGUAUCAGUUGGUUUCCCUAUAACCAUGAUGAUCACUGGCAUGGUGGGCAACUCAUUAGCUCUCAUUCUGGUGUACAUCUCUUACAGAAAGAAGGAAAAUAAACGGAAAAGGUCGUUCUUGCUUUGCAUUGGAUCGCUGGCGUUGACUGACCUGUUUGGACAGCUUUUGACGAGUCCAAUAGUGAUAUCAGUUUACAGAGCUGAUCUAAACUGGGAGCGCAUCGACUCAUCGGGCAAACUGUGCGGUUUCUUCGGUGUGUGUAUGACAACUUUUGGCCUGUGCGCACUCUUCUUGGCCAGUGCCAUGGCGAUUGAAAGGGCCACGGCGAUAACAAAUCCACACUGGUACUCCAAUAACAUGAGGACAAGUGUGACAAAGCAGAUUCUGGCCGUCACAUGGUUUCUCGUGUUGCUCUUUUCCCUGCUGCCCAUUGCAGGGGUUGGGAAAUACACGCGGCAGUGGCCGGGCACCUGGUGCUUUAUCAGCACGGGGGACAGAGAAGUCGCGGGCAAUAUGUUUUUCGCCAUUACUUUCGCUUUACUUGGGAUUUUCUCUCUGCUCGUGACACUUUCCUGCAAUGUGGUGACGAUCCGGGGCUUAAUUAUCCGGUGCAAAACAAAGUCAGGCACGUCUCAGUCUUCAAAACACUGGGAACGACUCACCACGGAGACCGUCAUUCAACUUUUAGGGAUUAUGUGCGUCCUGCUUGUAUGCUGGUCUCCUCUGCUGGUGCUGAUGCUGAGAAUGGUCUCCACCCAGGUAUCCUCCCAUGAGUGCAAUUCAACAGCAGUGAUGUCCAAUCACACCUCCAGCCAGGAUGUCCAUUUAGACUGUAACUUCUUUCUGACCGUGAUCCGCCUGGCCUCCCUCAACCAGAUCCUGGACCCGUGGGUCUAUCUGCUCUUCAGGGAGAUCCUCUUCCGCAAGUUCUGCAUUGUCGCUUAUGCCGUGUCCAACUGCUCCAGAGAGGAUUGCAAGGAGACCCAAGUGGCACUGGAUGCUCUUAACAAGCAGAGCCGAGACAGCAACAACCUUCAUAAACCACAAAGUAGCUAAGUCGACUUUUGGCAGGAGCUGCUAUCUGGUGACUUAAAGCCAGUACAGAUUGGAUGGAUGUGAAAAUGGAUGCAGUAUUGCCUUGGAUGUGUUAUGGAAAAACAAAAGAAUGGAACCCUCUACACUGAAGGAUAUUGUGCACUGGGGGACAAGAGUAGUCUCUGCAGCAGUGUUAAUGAGAACCAGGCAUUUCUGCUGUGGGUUCAUUUGUUUUGCUUAAAACACAUUCCAUUCAAAGUCACCUAACCAGCAUGUGGAUGCAUGACCGUGUCACUUCUUGCAUUUGGCUACAGCAUGGCUCCCAGGAACUCUCUCACUGCUAGUUUUCCGUCUUGAUAAUAACAUCUUCCAGGCCCAAGCAUUGAAUAUGGGCGACUCUAAAAUGACUUAUAUGGAAGUGGUGCAUCUCGUGCGCUUUUUUUUUAGUUUCUGAUCUGCGUCAUUUCUUUAAACAACUUGAAGCCAUAAGACAAUUAAAGGACAAAUAGUUUUUGUGAAUGUCUGUAAAUUUAAAAAUUGCAAAUGUAAAUAGCUUACACUACGUUGUAAAUAGCUUUGGCAUAUCUUACAUGAAAUAUAACAACUUUGUUUAAAAAGGAUCACUGGUCAUUCAGAAGAAAAAUGCAAAUCCUAAACUGGAGCCAUCUGUUGAUUGUAAGAGUAUUUAUUAGUAUAUUGUAGUAAUAUGAAAUUAAUUGUUUCUUAGCUGAAUGCUGAUGAUGGUGCCUGUUAGCUAUCAGUUGCUUUAAACCUUAUAAAACACUGUAUGUGGUGUUCCUCGGCUAGCAGCCAGGACUACGAAAUGUGAAGCUUUUAGUUUGUAGCCACCUUCUAUCCUGACUAUGAAUGCACUGGUAUGAAUGUGUGUGAGGGACAGAAUUGUAGAUUUGUUAAGUUUUAACAUUUUGAGACUGCACAUGACAGGCUGGUACUGUAGUUACAGGGCUGUAGCUGAGUGUCAUAGAGCAAUCCCUGCCGAUUUCAUUGGAUUAAAAGCAUUUGUGCUUUGUUAAGUACACAAUGUGUACUGGCAAGGGGACCUAAUUUCACCAGCCAAAUCUUUUUGGAGAAAAAAAAAGAUAAUUGGUGCAGUCUUAUGACCAGUAUUAUUAAUAUAAGUAGAGAGAAGAGUGCUCUUUGGAUUUGAGGUUGAUUAGCAGAACAAUAAUGGAACACUGAAGAUCAUGUCCAGACUGUCCAAAACACAGACAACCUACAUUUUGUUUCGAACGUUUGAAGCUGCUUGUGCAACUGCUAAACACAAUCUGCUGUGGUAUCAAAACCUUACGUCAAGCAUUCAACAGUGUAAGGUGGUCACAUUAAUGUACUUCUGCCAGUACACGGGGUUGUAGCUGCAGGUACAGUGUGUUUUAAACUAGCCAUAUUAAUUCAUUUCAUGCUUUUAAUUUGAUGGGUGGCACCCCUGAACAUUUUGAGCGUGUCCUUCGGUAAUCCAUAAUUUUUCUUCUUGCCUGCUAAACUGUUUACUUGUAGCCCUGAUACUACCUCUAAAUAAAGGUACAUGUAAAUGUCCUUUACUGCAAUUUCCCAGAGGUCUCAGAUGAAAUUGAGGCACUUUUUAAUGAGGUGUUUUGCUUCCAUCUGACCAAAUGUAAUUGACGAAGAAUGCUUUUAGAAAGAAAUGGCAAUCCAUUCCUUUUACAGUGGUGUAAACAUGGUCUUUUUUUGGCUACUUUGUCUUGUAUAACACCAUCUCAUUGCUGUAUAUACUGUAAAUGUAUUUGUUAAGGUUGGUGAAAGACACCUCAAGGAUGGACACGUUUGCUGUCAUGGUAACCUUCAGGCUAUGGGACAAUCUCUCUCUCAUCAGCACCAACCAAGAACUCUGCCUUCUCAGCACAGCAGCCAACAAGAUUAGACUAAUGUACUGUACACUCUGCCCUGCCUGGUCUUGCCUUUGCCUGUCGAAUGUGAGAAUACACACAAGCACAUUGAUAAUUUCCCCAUCGGAAAUUGUUAUCUGCAAAAGCCAUGCGAAAGAUGAGCAUUUUCUGUUUCCAUGUAUCUGUUUAUCCGCCAACAGAGAGUGGAGUUUAUCUUGUAUUGAUUGUGAAGCCACUCUGCCUUAGUAGCCCACUCAAAGGAUUAACCUUGGUUGGUGAGUGAAAACAAAAAAAAAAUAGAGGGAAACAAAACAAGUGUGUUGCACAGAAACAAAUUAUUUAGUAUUAUUCGUGAUUCUUCUUGAGUUCAUUGCCAGCUAUGAAUGGGCGUCGACAAUUACCUGUGGUAUAUCGCUUGUUAACAUUUGAAAAAUGUAUUUUCAGCAAGGGAUAAGUUUUCAUUAAGGUCUAAGUGCUAUCACACUGACAUGAGCAGUGUUCCUUUUAAUGAGUGCUCCACUAACUGAGCUUGUGUCGCUGCAUUAGCAGUAUUUAUUCUAGGCAUUUGUUCAUGUUGUGCAGCAGUUAAUACAGGCUUCGGCGGUAACAUCUGGGGUUCAGUUAAUGCAUUUAAAACAAUGACUACAUUUAUCCGCAAGUUGCUGCGGGAUAUGUUGGGUUUGCGACUGACCCGGCCAUCUUCCACUGGAAUCUGCAUCAUGUAAUUAUCUCAGCUCUCUGUCCAGGAGACUCUUGAGCUUCCUGCUCUUCAGUAGAGGAAAAAUAAUUACACAAAAGAACAUCGCCUUUAAAGUAGUUGGCCCUAUAGGAGGUAGUGAAUUUUCCAGGGUGUUACAUACUGACCAAGCCCCACAGUGGAAAGGAAAAUGGAAGAAUAAUACUUUAAUUUUUUAAAUAGAAAACAUGACACAUUUCAACCCUCCUUAAUGGACCCAGUAAAAACAUACACAAUGUUUACAGACAGUGUUUUCUGUGAUUCUGCAGUACAGGUUACUCUUAUAUGAUAUGAAUGUUCAUUACAACUUGGGGUGUUACACAGUUAUAUUAUGAAAAUAUCCGCAAACUCCAGUUUAGUGAUCCACAAGGUGUAAACUUCAAAGGCGAUGAUAAUUAAUGUGUGGCCUCAUUAAGAAGUGUUUCAGAGCUAAGUUUGCUUUUUGCUACUAAAAUGCAUAUUAAUGUCCAAGUUACGUAUGAACCCCUUUAAGAAAAGACACAACAAAGGUCAUUCAAGCUUUAAUUGGAAGGACUGUCAUGUCUGGCUGCUCACAUGCUUAAAUGGUGUUGACCUCUAUAAAGAACAGGCCAUUUCAGUAGGCGAUUACACACCAGUCGUGCACCGGCACAGACGGGAGGGUAGAAUUACAUAAUGAUUUGAAAAAGGCUUUAUGAGGAGGCUCGGAGAAUUUGAUGUUGCAUGCUGGCUCCAUCUCACUCACUCAUGUCACUAUUGCAUGGAAGCUGUUUACUGAAUGUCUCAUGAGCUGAGGAGUCACUUGGUAACUUGACAUUUCAAGACAAGAUGAGAUGAGAUUGUUCCUGAUAAAAAUGUUUGAUCAUUUGAUAUUUUGCACUUGUGCUCACUUUUUAAAUGUGUAUUUUCCAAAUACUGAAAAAAUGGCAUAUUUAAAUGUGUUUCCCUCCUACCUGUUGAGUAUAUUCUGUCAACUUCCUCUGAACUCCUACAGUCUGAUGUUUUAGUAUUCUUGUGAUAAUUGAAUUUCUGACCCAUUUAAAAAAAAAAAUUGUGCCAUAAUAAUCAUUAGGACCAUCUCUGUAACAUAUAUAACACCAACAUUGUACUCUAUCAUCCUAAAGUGGGGGUAGAAGAACAAAAAAGCAUUUAAUCUUUCACAUUUCAAAGCAAUGAGCAGGUGUCCUUUCUUGAAAGAACUGGAUAACUGGAUGAGAUCUUUUCGGUUUCUUGUCUCUGUGGUAUCAAGAAAGCACAGACUGGCCCAGCGGCUUCACAUGUUCUGCCAGUUUGUAGCUGCCACCAAGCAGAGUUUGCUUGUACAACUUCCAUAUUGUAAGACUGUUGUCAUAAGCUUUGUUUCAAAAGCCAUUUCCAGAUGAACAUACAGUAAAGGGACAAACAAGUCAGACAUUAAGUGUAAUCAUGUAAAGAGGGGAGAACCAACCUGGCAGGUCCAACAAGCAAAGUGUUUUUCAAAUCUAUAGAAAGAGCAUUUGAUAGUGUCAGAUGUGCAUACAGUACAGUACAAUGGAAACAGGUUUGGCCCACCAGCCAAGUCUCCACUACGGAAUGUAAGUAAAUACUGGAUGUCUAUCAGAUGUCCAUCUUCUUAUCUUUUGUUCACGUUUUACCUCUGCUUUUGAAUGUUAAACAAGAACUCCGGCACCCUGACUCAAGCUUCUCCAAACUCAGACUCUGAGACACGAUUCUCAGAUGAGGGCUAUCUCUGUGCUCUCACACAGUCCCUGUUCCUUUGUCCGCGGUAUUCUUCCGUGUUAAGGUGAGGAAUGCUGUAAACCUUUUGUAUUUUUUCCAUCAGAUAUUUUGGUAUAUCUGUCAUAGAUAGGAUUCAUAACAUGUUGCUGUGAUGAAAAAAAAAAUCUUUCUACUUUUCAAAGUGUCCUUUUGGUAUUUUACAUCUUUGUCGCUACUUGACUUGUAUCAGUUCAACAUGCAAUGCACUUUUGAUUCAUUUUGUUGCAGUGUUCUUGGCUUAUAUGAUGGUGUAACGUUGUUAUUUUAUUAAAGGACAUGAUCAUAUGUCUUCAAUAUGCAUUGGGCUUUUGUGACUGCCGAAGCAUGUUUUGUUAUUAAAUAUUUAUACAUCUUAACCGUCAUACUAAUUAAUUAAUCCGAACUGAGCAAUAUAUUCAAAAACUGAGUAAUGGAUGCCCAGUGGUCUAAAAACCACUAAGUCCCCAGUUUGCUGAGUAUGGCAAGGGACAUUGCAUGUUUCAAAAUUCUCCUAUGUGUAAAAAAAUCCUCAAAACUGAAAAAGAGUCAGAAACAUUCCUAAAAAAAAAAAAGAAAAAGUAUAAAGCUGAGUGCGGCGUUCUAGAUGUUACUGUAAAUCCUGGUGGUCUUCUUUUCUGGACUGAAAUUUCUACACAUAUGUUACUGAUAAUCUAACUGAGAAUGAUGUGGUUGUUGUCCACUGGUGAAUGGUUUGAACACUGUGAAUGUUGUUAAAUGCUGCUGGCCAUUGCAAAGCAUGUGUACGCUCCUACUGUUUGCUGACCUUAUGCAAUGUCUUUCCCAUU